AUGAAAUCUCUUUGCUCGAUUUCUAGAGCUCCACCGAUUCGCCGUUCGUCUCCGUUUCUUUCUCUUUCUCGAGCAAGUUUGAAUCGGUUUACCCUCAAGAUUCCACCUUCACUCUACUUAUCCCUUCCAAAGAGAUGCAGUUUCUCAAAGCCCUCGAGUUCUCAGGAUUUAUUGGAUUCCCAUGGUGGAAUCAUGUCUAAUGCAUCGAUCAGUGUUCUAGAAGAUGAAUCGAUUGACAAUUUCAAAGUACAAGUAGGCAACCCUAAUUCUCCGCAUUCAAUCCUUCGAUUACCCAAGCUGUGUUUAAGCGAUCAAGCAUUUCUUCUCUUGGCCUUCAUCGCUUGCACGACAUCAGUGGCAUUUACAAGUCUUGUGAUUGCAGCAGUUCCCACACUUGUGGCCAUGGGUAGAGCUGCAACUUCCUUUGCAAAGUUAGCUGACACAGCUCGCGAAGAACUCCCUACUACCUUGGCAGCCAUAAGGCUAUCCGGCAUGGAAAUAAGUGAUCUUACACUCGAAUUGAGCGAGUUAAGCCAAGAUAUAACUGAUGGGGUAAACAAAUCAGCUAAAGCGGUUAAAGCUGCUGAAGCUGGAAUCCGACAGAUCGGAACACGUGCACAACAACAAACUCUCUCAAUGAUUGAAGAGAGAGCAAGCUUAUCAGAAAUAUCGCUGCAACCUGUCGUGGCUAAUGCGGCCGAGAAGACUUCUCACGCUAUAGGCAAAGCAACCAAGACACUAAUGAACAUUAUAACCGGAGGAGACAAGGAUGAAGAUUCAUAA